UUUGACUUGUAGGUAAAUUGGGCGUUACUUUAUGAUCUCUGAAUUAAGAAGAAGUAAAGAGGGAAUUUAAAUCUCACACUUUUACCAACUUUGGACUUGCGCAUCUCAUUCAUUGGGGACGAUGGUCAUAUGGAGAUAGUGGCAACAUUGAGCACCGAUGCUCAAUGCUCAGCUGUAGAAGUUGGAGAAAUUUCAGCAGAUAAGUCUGGACGAUCUUUCUUGAUCAAGAUUCCAGAUGGUGAGAUUUUCUAUUUUUGGUGCUCAGAAAAGUCUAAGCUUCUGGGGAAUGAAUUGCUCAGGAAGAUGAAGGAUUUACUUACAAGGAAACUAUCACUAGCUGAAUUAUCUGGAAUUCAUGAUUCACGCUUCAACUGUUUCGCGAGUCGCCUUCGAGCGUAUCUUGCUGGAUCAGUGAUGGCUAGUGCUCAAGCUAGUUCAAUUCUACCGGCUACACCUUCUCUGGACAACUCAGUUAAUUCUUCUGAAUCUUCAUUGGAAUCUGUGAAGACUUCGAGAUUUGGGGUCAAUGGAAGUUGGGGAACAAAUUCAAAUCCAGUCUAUCAGGCUAUACUCAGUCCUAUGUCUAGUUCUUUUAAAGACUUGACUUCAUUCAGUGGUGUUGCCAGGGAAACACUGAGUCGGUGUGAAGAUGUAUGCAUGUCAUUUGCUGACAACCUAGAUGUAGCUUCACCAAGCUGUGUAGAGCCAACUAGUUCAAUUUGCUUUGAGAAGGAAGAGCUUUCAGAAGCAACUGGAACUAAACUAUUUCCUCCAUUGAGUUUUCUAGAUGCACUUGGGAACUCUGUAGACCUGCCUUUCUUGGGGCUAGAAACUCAAAUUCCUUCACAGCUGCCUUUUUCAAUGGGUGAAUCAGUAUCUCUACCUCCACUUUCUUCUCUUCUUGCAACUGCCAGGCAAUCUAGCUGUUUGACAUCAAAAUUACCUCUUAAUCUUGACCAGGUCUCCCCUGUAGACUUUCCUCCUCUGCUGCCUGAGCCAUUGGUCAGGUUGCCACUGCCAUUCCAACUUCCCAUACCAACAUCACA